AUGUCUUCUUUUAUUCAAUAUGAAUUUCUUAAGAUAUACUAAGGGAAUUAAAAAAUAAAAAAUUAUUACAAACGAAAAAGAUUAAUCUUUUAACAAAAGAAGGUAUUAAAGAAAAAGCAAAAAGAAAUAUAAAUGAGCACUAAUAAUUUAAGAUUGAAGCCUUGGUUCCACUGGACCGAUGAAGAAAGAUCUCAUGCUAUCUUCAGUGCAUACGAAAAGCGUAUUUUAAAAAGUGAAGAUUUACCUUCAUUCCUUCGUGCCAAUAGAAUUAAUAAUGUUUCCACUUGGGUAUUCCCUUUGAUUGCCUUACCUUUAUUUAACUAAUCUAUCUUCAAGCUCGGUUUUGCUCAAAGAAUUUUGUUAACUAGACCCGCUAUUGAAUGGCACUGUUUCAAAAUUGCCACCGUCGCUGCUUCAUGGUUGGCUUGGUUGAAUUUCAGUCCUUUCUACAGAAAGUUAGAAAACGAAAAGGAAUACUUGCUUGAUACUUUGGAAUCUCGUAUUGGUAUUAAUGUUUUGGAUCUUAAUGACGCUCUUCCUAGAUGGACUACUUCAUAAGAAUACAACAGAAGAACAUAACAAUUAUACAACUAGAGAAAUGGUUUCUUCGCUGGUUUACUCUAUCCUCAAGAAGAAUCCUCUAGACCUUUAGUCGAUAUUGCUUCCUUCCCCAAGAAUCUCCAUAAGGAAAAGCUUACCAAGUGA